CUGGUUCAUGCUGAAGAUCCAGAAUCAUGACUGACUCCAAGUCCUUCACAACCAAUAAGAAGGGAGAAAUCUUUGAAUUAAAAGCUGAACUCAACAAUGAAAAGAAAGAAAAGAGGAAGGAGGCUGUGAAGAAAGUGAUUGCUGCUAUGAUUGUGGGGAAGGAUGUGAGCUCUCUCUUCCCAGAUGUGGUGAACUUUAUGCAGACUGACAACCUGGAACUAAAGAAGCUUGUGUACCUCUAUCUGAUGAACUAUGCCAACGGUCAGUCAGACAUGGCCAUCAUGGCUGUUAACAGCUUUGUGAAGGAUUGUGAAGAUCCCAAUCCUUUGAUUCGAGCCUUGGCAGUUAGAACCAUGGGAUGCAUCCGGGUGGACAAGAUUACAGAGUAUCUCUGUGAACCCUUCUGCAAGUGCUUGAAGGAUGAAGACCCCUAUGUUCAGAAAACAACAGCAGUAUGAGUGGCAAAACUCCAUGAUAUCAAUGCCCAGAUGGUGGAAGAUCAGGGAUUUCUGGAUUCUCUGUGGGAUCUCAUAGCAGAUUCAAACCCAAUGGUGGUGGCUAAUGCUGUAGCAGCAUUGUCUGAGAUCAGUGAGUCUCACCCAAACAGCAACUUACUUGAUCUGAACCCUCAGAAUAUCAAUAAGCUGCUCACAGCCCUGAAUGAGUGCACCGAGUGGGGCCAGAUUUUCAUCUUGGACUGCCUGUCUAAUUACAACCCUAAAGAUGACCGGGAAGCUCAGAGCAUCUGUGAGCGAGUGACGCCUCGGCUCUCUCAUGCCAAUUCUGCAGUGGUGCUUUCAGCAGUAAAAGUUCUAAUGAAGUUUCUAGAAUGGUUACCCAAGGACUCUGACGACUACAAUAUGCUGCUAAAGAAGCUAGCGCCUCCACUUGUCACUUUGCUCUCUGGGGAGCCAGAAGUGCAGUAUGUUGCCCUGAAGAACAUCAACCUAAUUGUCCAGAAAAGGCCUGAAAUCUUGAAGCAGGAAAUCAAGGUCUUCUUUGUGAAGUACAAUGAUCCUAUCUAUGUUAAACUAGAGAAGUUAGACAUCAUGAUUCGUCUUGCAUCCCAAGCCAACAUUGCUCAGGUUCUGGCAGAACUGAAGGAAUAUGCCACUGAAGUUGAUGUGGACUUUGUUCGCAAAGCUGUGAGGGCCAUUGGACGGUGUGCCAUCAAAGUGGAGCAAACAGCAGAACGCUGUGUAAGCACAUUGCUUGAUCUAAUCCAGACCAAAGUAAAUUAUGUGGUCCAAGAGGCAAUUGUGGUCAUCAGGGACAUCUUCCGAAAAUACCCCAACAAGUAUGAGAGCAUUAUCGCCACGCUGUGUGAGAACUUGGACUCCCUGGAUGAACCCGAUGCCCGAGCGGCUAUGAUUUGGAUUGUAGGAGAGUAUGCUGAAAGAAUCGAUAACGCCGAUGAGUUACUAGAGAGCUUCCUGGAAGGUUUUCACGACGACAGCACCCAGGUGCAGCUCACGCUGCUUACCGCCAUAGUGAAACUGUUUCUCAAGAAGCCAUCAGAAACACAGGAGCUGGUCCAACAGGUCUUGAGCUUGGCCACACAGGAUUCUGAUAAUCUUGACCUUCGAGAUCGGGGUUAUAUUUAUUGGCGCCUUCUUUCAACUGACCCUGUGACAGCCAAAGAAGUAGUGUUGUCUGAGAAGCCAUUGAUCUCUGAGGAAACAGACUUCAUUGAACCUACCCUCCUGGAUGAGCUCAUCUGCCAUAUUGGUUCUUUGGCCUCCGUGUACCAUAAACCUCCAAAUGCUUUUGUGGAAGGGAGCCAUGGCAUUCAUCGCAAACACUUGCCAAUUCACCAUGGGAGCACUGAUGCAGGUGAUGGCCCUGUUGGCACCACCACUGCAACCAACCUGGAACAGCCUCAGGUCAUCCCCUCUCAAGGCGACCUUCUGGGGGAUCUUUUAAAUCUUGACCUGGGUCCCCCAGUGAAUGUCCCGCAAGUGUCUUCCAUGCAGAUGGGAGCAGUGGAUCUUUUAGGAGGAGGACUGGAUAGCCUGCUUGGCAGUGACCUUGGCGGGAGCAUUGGAGGAGUAGGACAGUCCUUCAUCCCAUCAUCAGUGCCUGCAACCUUUGCUCCUUCACCUACUCCUGCUGUGGUCAGCAGUGGUCUGAAUGACCUGUUUGAGCUUUCCACUGGGAUAAGCAUGGUACCUGGCGGAUAUGUGGCUCCUAAGGCGGUCUGGCUACCUGCUGUAAAGGCUAAAGGCUUGGAGAUUUUGGGGACAUUUACUCACCGCCAAGGGCACAUCUAUAUGGAAAUGAACUUCACCAACAAAGCCCUGCAGCACAUGACGGAUUUUGCCAUCCAGUUUAACAAGAAUAGCUUCGGUGUCAUCCUGAGCACUCCCUUGGCCAUACAUACUCCACUGAUGUCAAACCAGAGCAUUGAUGUGUCUCUGCCUCUCAACACCUUGGGCCCAGUCAUGAAGAUGGAACCUCUGAAUAACUUGCAGGUGGCUGUUAAAAACAAUAUUGAUGUCUUCUACUUCAGCUGCCUCAUCCCACUCAAUGUGCUUUUUGUAGAAGAUGGCAAAAUUGAACGCCAGGUCUUCCUUGCGAUGUGGAAGGAUAUUCCCAAUGAAAAUGAGCUCCAAUUUCAGAUUAAGGAGUAUCAUUUAAAUGCUGACACAGUUUCCAGCAAGUUGCAAAACGACAAUGUUUACACUAUCGCCAAGAGGAAUGUGGAAGGGCAGGACAUGCUGUAACCGUCCCUGAAGCUCACUAAUGGCAUUUGGAUUUUGGCAGAGCUGCGGAUCCAGCCAGGAAACCCCAAUUAUACGCUGUUGCUGAAGUGUAGAGCCCCUGAAGUCUCUCAGUACAUCUAUCAGGUCUAUGACAGCAUUUUGAAAAACUAAUUAAUGGGUCCAGUCAGCCUGUAAUUA